AGAGGAGAGGCGUUGGGAGGAGCGAGCCCCUGCCUCUGAAAUCCGGGCAGCGGCAGCGAGGCGAGGGAGGAGGGAUGGGAGCCGAACAGCUACUGCCCGAAUCCCUGCCCGGGAAAGUCGGCCAGCCUCCUCUCAUCUUAGGACUCCAACCUUCUGCUCUUGUCGAUCAUGUCGCAAGGGUAGAUUGGUCUUUGCUCGCUCAAAUCCCUGGUGACAGAGGUGGCUCUCAGCAGGUUGCAAUCGAGGACCUGGAGCAUAUAUUGAGUGAAGUGAAAGCCCACACUCUCCCAUCGGUUGAUGACCUCUCUCCUAUAAGAACAAUAGCUGGGGGUAGUGUUGCCAACACCAUUCGUGGUCUGACUGUGGGCUUUGGUGUUUCAUGUGGAUUAAUUGGGGCAUGUGGGGAUGACGAGCAGGGCCACUCGUUUGUCCAUAACAUGAGUAUUAAUGGUGUGAAUCUUUCGAGAUUGAGAAUGAAGAAUGGGCCAACUGGGCAGUGUGCUUGCUUGGUUGAUGCUGUUGGCAAUCGCACCAUGCGACCCUGUCUAUCUAAUGCUGUUAAGCUUCAGCCAAACGAAUUACUCCGGGAGGAUUUUAAAGGUUCCAAGUGGCUGGCAUUGCGAUAUGGAUUUUAUAAUUUAGAACUGAUUCGUACGGCAGUUAGAAUUGCCAAACAAGAAGGGCUCUUUGUGUCCAUGGAUUUGGCCAGCUUUGAGAUGGUUCGAGACUUCAGGUCAACCCUUCUAGAGUUAUUGGAGAGUGGCCUUAUUGACCUUUGUUUUGCUAAUGAGGAUGAAGCAAGAGAGCUACUAAGGGGCGAGUCGAAUGCUGAUCCCGAGACUGCUCUGGGAUUCUUGGCCAAACAUUGUGAAUGGGCUGUGGUGACCCUUGGGUCUAACGGAUGCAUUGCAAAACACAGGAAAGAGAUUGUUCGAGUUCCAGCCAUUGGAGAAGCGCAAGCAACUGAUGCAACUGGAGCGGGUGAUCUCUUUGCAAGCGGGUUCUUGUACGGGUUGGUAAAAGGGCUGUCCCUUGAAGACUGUUGUAAAGUGGGUUCUUGCAGCGGUGGGUCUGUGAUUCGGUCUCUGGGUGGUGAAGUAAGACCCGAGAACUGGCAAUGGAUGUAUAAGCAGAUGCAAAUCAAAGGCCUUCCAGCUCCUGAUCUCCCUAAGCAAAUGAGAUUUAAACCCUAAUUUGUCGUUUUGGGCCACGGCAUUGUUUCUUGCAGAGGGCAGCUAGUGUUGCAUUUUGGGGUCUAUAAGUACUAAUAAUUAGUAGGAUCAAGUCAAGUGAGAUGGGUAGAAUCUCAUGCGUUGUUGCCGCAUGAAAUCUUCUGUUUCAGGUCCCACUUCUGCUUUUGAAUCUUGCGGUUCUGUAGACAAUUUGCGCUAUAAAAUGGCUGGUUUGUACUUUCGUUUGUUCCUUUUGCUGUCCUUUUCCUGCUUGUGGUAACCCAGUGUUGAUGAUUUGAAUUAGGAACUAAUUUGUCGGAAGUAAUACAUUUUCACAGAGCUUGCUGUA